ACGGAGGCCUUGGGGUGGGGGGGGGUGCGGGGAUGGGGGCGACUUCCGGUGGGCGGAGUGGGGAGGCCCAAGAUGGCGGCUGGGAUGUACCUGGAGCAUUACCUGGACAGUAUCGAGAACCUGCCCUUUGAGCUACAGCGAAACUUCCAGUUAAUGCGGGAUCUCGACCAGAGGACUGAAGACCUCAAGGCCGAGAUCGACAAACUCGCAGGUGAGUAUGUGACCAGCGCCCGGACGCUGACCUCCGACCAGAAGGUGGAGCUGGUGCGACAGAUUCAGGGCGCCUACGGCAAGUGCAAAGAGUUCGGGGACGACAAGGUCCAGCUGGCCAUGCAGACGUACGAGAUGGUUGACAAGCACAUCCGAAGACUGGACACGGACCUCGCUCGCUUCGAAGCUGACCUCAAGGAGAAGCAGAUUGAGUCAAGCGACUAUGACAGCUCAUCCAGCAAGGGGAAGCGAAAAGGCAGGGGUCAGAAGGAGAAACGAGCUACUCGCACCAGGUCCAAGGUCAAGAUAUCUGAUGAUGAGACCCCCAAAAACGGACAGAAGAAACUGAAGAUCACUCACACCUCUGAGUAUGUCGCUCCCUCGGUCACUUUCGGCAACGUGCACCCGUCCGAUGUGUUGGACAUGCCGGUCGAUCCGAACGAGCCCACCUACUGCCUGUGCCACCAGGUUUCGUACGGAGAGAUGAUUGGCUGUGAUAAUCCCGAUGUAAGACUCGCGGGAAAAUAA